AUGGUGCUGCCAGAGCCAAUGUCGUCGCCACAGCUCAAGUACGAGGCCAGCAGCAAGCGGUCCCGCGCUGGAAGCCAGCACUCGCCUCUGUCCUUCCUCACUCGUUCCGCGCUAGUGCCCGACCAGCCGCAAUCGGCGCCUUUCAUGUAUGGUCGGGGCAGUACUGGCGGUCCAGCCAUGUCCAGCCCUCGCGGGGUGAGCAGAAGGGCGCUCGGUCGACUCUUGCCGCUUUCAAUUGCUGCGGUCGUCUUGAUUGGCCUGCUCUGGCAUUCGUCGAGUAGACAAGACACUGAAGCCAAGCCGACUACUUCAGCAGCAUGGCAGAUCGUUCUCGACCGGGAGAAAGCCGUCGCGUACCUCAAGCAAUCGCUAGGGCUCAACGAGUCCUCCUCGGCGUCUGCCUUGCCGGGAGGGCCAGAGCACUACUACGAUGCAGCAGGCCAGCUACGCUUCAGGCAGAUCAAACCGGCCAAGCAUCCCAUCUCAAUCUUGAUUGACCGCGGGAGAAGAGACUGGGAGAACAAGCUCAACCGACAGAGCAAAACGCUCGACGAGGCAGUACGAGAGUACAAGCGUAGAUAUGGUCGCGCACCGCCGCGAGGGUUCGAUAAGUGGUACAAAUAUGCGCGCGAGAAGGACCACAUCCUUGUGGAUGAGUAUGAUCACCUUUGGAACGACAUCGAGCCCUUCCUCGCCCUUCGAGGGCCAACCGUCAAAGCGAGGACGGCCAAAGUCGCGACGGACCAGAAUACCGUCACUGCUUCGUUUGACCCUCAAGCGCCAGCUGGCAAGGGUCUCUUCAUCACGCCCAACCGAGAAACGCUGCGAGACCAAGCACCCCUUCAGCAUGGUCGCGCUUAUCAAGUCUUGCACCCUCUCGAAGAAAUUAUACCCGAUCUGCCAGUCGCGUUCAAUAUGACCAUAUCCGAGCAGGAUUCUGGCUUCUCCGUUUUGCCGUAUGAUCAUGUACACCACCUGCGCAACCUCGCAAGGGGAGGCAAAAAGACUGCCGUCGAAGACAAAGACGGCUGGAUAGACAAGCGUCCCCGAGACGAUUCCCACAUUGUCCGUAUGUGUCCCCCAGACUCACGCAUGGCACUUCUCGACGCACCCGUACCGCCCGGCGUGGGUCAAUACGACGUACCGCCCUUUCAUUCGUACAUCUAUGAUCACGCAGCAGCACAAGACACGUGUCACAAUAGGGGUAUCUAUUGGUAUCAUAGCGCUGGCCGCAUCACCCAGAAUAGACAAGAGCUCCUUCCCAUGUUCGUCUGGUCAAAGGCAAGAUCUCAUAACGAUCUCACCAUCCUCGCCGAAGAUCAGUACCAGCCUCGCUAUCCUGGUCGAGAUCCCGAAUGGGACGACAAGCCGUCUGCCAAGCUGGUCUGGCGAGGCUCUCUCACUGGAUCUGCAUUCGCUGUAGGCAACGAGAACAGCUACAAGGGCUCGCCAAGAUUCCGGCUCAGCCAUCUCGGCGAAGCACGCAGUGGCGGCAGGGAAGUCGACAUCGAACUCGAAUCCGGCGGGAUUGACACAAUCGUCGUCCCACUGCGCAACCUCACUGAGCGCUUCCUCGAUCUCGCAGUCACAGGCCGGCCAAUCCAAUGCGACGAGUCUGUUUGCGAAGAGCUGAAAAAGCUCAUCAACUUUGCUCCGAGGAUGAACCACGAGGACCUCAUGCAGCACAAGUAUGUUCUCGAUGUCGACGGAAAUGGCUGGUCCGGCCGGUUCCACAAGCUCCUCAGCAGCAACAGUCUCGUCAUGAAGAGCACAAUGCACAAGGAAUGGUGGCUCGAUCGUCUCACCCCUUGGGUACACUAUGUGCCUGUCAACGUUGACUACAGUGAUAUCUACAAUCUCAUGGUGUACUUUGAGGGCAUCGAGGGAAGCGUGCCUCAUCGUGACCAGGCUCGCUCUAUUGCAUCAGAGGGCGCCGCUUUUGCGCGAGCGCACUGGCGGCAGGAAGACAUGGAUGUGUGGAUGUACCGCAUGCUUCUGGAAUGGUCACGGCUGUACAGCAGGUCUGACAUUGAUUCGUUCGACUAUGUUGAUUAA